ACUAAAGCCCAGCAGCUCAGUUCUGAAACAAUGAGCACAACAGCAAUGUGCUGACUCCUGCCCCGACCACGCAGGCUCGGCUGCUUUUCAGCACCGGCAUGUAUAAAUAGGUCUGUCUUCUCUGGGGGUCGGGACAUCGUUUUUGUGGAGCCCCUUUGAGCGCUGAACAACUAUUCUUUGGGGCCCGGUCAGUUAAUCCACUCUGAAACACCCAGUAGAAUGGCUUUGAAUAAUCCCAACCCACUUGGACCAUGGAAGAUCACAGUUUACGACCAAGAGAACUUCCAGGGUAAACGUUUGGAGUUUACCUCAGCCUGCCAGAACGUCAUGGAGUGCAGCAUCGACAACAUCCGCUCCCUCAAGGUGGAGUGUGGGGCCUGGGCAGGAUACGAGCACUCCAGCUUCUGCGGGCAGCAGUUUGUUUUGGAGAGAGGAGAAUAUCCUCACUGGGAGUCAUGGAGCGGCAGCAACGCCUACCACAUCGAGAGGAUGAUGUCCUUCCGCCCCAUCUGCUCUGCAAACCAUAAAGAGUCAAAGAUGGUGCUGUUUGAGAAGGAGAACUUCAUGGGACGCCAGUGGGAGAUAAACGAUGACUACCCCUCCCUGCAAGCCAUGGGCUGGGGCAACAACGAGAUCGGAUCCAUGCAGGUUCAGAGCGGCGCUUGGGUAUGCUACCAGUUUCCAGGAUACCGUGGGUACCAGUACAUCAUGGAGUGCGACCGCCACGGCGGCGAGUACAAACACUACAGGGAGUGGGGCUCCCACGCUCAGUCCUUCCAGGUGCAGUCGCUGCGUCGGGUCCAGCAGUGAGGCCUGCAGCCUCCCACUCUUUACCUCCUCCUCUUUUGUUUUUCUUCCUCCAUUCACCCUGUCAUUCCAGCAUCUUCCGCUGCUUUGAAAGUUUAUUAUUUACAGAAAUCCUGUUUCGUUGCCAAAAUCAAAUCAAACCAUUGGAGAGAGUCGAGAAGAGAGAAAAAAACAAACACUGAAGAGAAGUUUCUGACGGAUGAGCCCAUGAGGAACAACGGAGGGGAAGUUAAAAGGCUUCAAGGUGGUGACAGGAUGAUGUUUGUUCACUCAGUCAUUGCUUCUCAUGUUUGUGGAUAACUACGCUGCUGCCAGUGAUGAAGAGACAAGGAACUGGCCACUAAAAAUAAACACAAAUUAAUGAGUCUGCUGCUAAAUA